AUGGCUCGUUUUUAUUAUUCCUCCCCUUUUUUUUCUUCUUCUUUAUUGUUAAGCAUUCCUUUCAUUUUUCAUCAUCCAAUUUCCCCCAUUACUUUCAUUUUAUAAAUACAUUUAUAUAUAUAAUGUCCUCAAGAUUUACAAUGAGUAGAGACAGACUUGCCGAACUUCGUGGCGGUAAUAGUAAUGAAAAACGAUAUGAUCGUCUUAGCGAUGAGGAUGAAUCAGUACCACCUAUGCCUACAAAUCGAUAUGAUACAAACACCCCCCACUAUCGUCCACCUGUACCACCCACAUCUACAUAUCAAGUUAAUUCACGUGGUGAUCGACAUGCUACUAUUGAAAGCAAAUCAAAGGAAACGUAUGAAAUGAGUGAACGCGUAAAAACACAUGGCGUUAUUUCUACAGAUAAAUUCUUUCAAGAGGUCGAGGAAGUGAAAGAACUUAAUAAAGAAAUUAUCGACAAUAUUACACUUAUAGAGGAAUUUCAUUGUAUUGCAUUAUCAAAUAUCAAUGAUGAGCAAACCAAAGAAAACAAUUAUCGCUUAGAAAAGGUAGUAAAGCAGACAGCAAGACUGAAUAAAGAAUGUAAAGAUAAGAUUAAAGCGAUUGAAGCUAGCAAUGCCCGUAUGCCGAUAAAUACAGGCGAUUUAGCUAUGCGUAAGACACAACAUGCAGCCUUGAAAAAGAAAUUUAUAGAAACGAUUCAAAGAUAUCAAGAUAUUGAGAGAACCUAUCAACAAAAGUACCGACAAAGGGUAGAGAGACAAAUAAAGAUCGUUCAACCUAAUGCUACACAAGAUGAUAUUGAUAGAGUCCUUCAAUCAGAUGAACCACAGCCUAUAUUUGCACAAUCCCUUGUACAAUCCAAUCGAUCUGGUCAAGCGAAGGCAGUCUUAUCCGAAGUUCAAUCUCGACAUGAUGAUAUAAAGAGAAUAGAAAAGACAAUUCUAGAAUUACAUCAAUUAUUUAUAGAUAUGCAAAUGAUGGUUGAGCAGCAAUCAGAGACAAUUCAACAGAUUGAACAGCAUGCAGAAUCGACAGUGAUUGAUUUAGAACAAGGUGCAAAAGAUAUUGACAAAGCCAUUCUUAGUGCAAAGAAGACAAGAGCCAAAAAAUGGAUUUGCUUUGUUAUUUUUAUUAUCAUUUUAAUUGUUAUAGGUAUUUUGAUUUGGUGGUUUGGAUUUGAUCAUGCAGGGAUAAAUUAAUUCAUAAUAUAUUGUGUGACAUUUAAUGUAUAAAUAAAUAAAAAAAUAAAAUAAAAAAAUAAAAUAAAAAAAUAAAAUAAAAU